AUGAACGCGCCAGACAGAUUCGAGCUUUUUUUGCUCGGCGACGGCGAGAAAAAGGUCACCGAGGCCCCCGACACUCGAACUCCAAACAGCUCGGUGUUUACAUUCAACAAGGAAGACCACACGCUUGCCAACAUGCUCCGCGCUCAUCUCCUCAAGGACCCCCAUGUCAUCUUUUCUGGAUAUAAGAUUCCCCAUCCUCUCUUCGCCACUUUCGAGCUCCGCGUUCAGACCGACGGUGAAAUCACCCCCAAGGAAGCCCUGGUUAACUGCUGCAAGAGCCUCGUAAGUGAUCUCGAGAUUCUGAGCAGAGAGUUCACCAAGGAAUACGAGCUGCGCAAGAUGGUUAGUGGGGAUGCAACCGCGGUGGAUAAGUGA